ACUUGUUACUUACCUUUAACCACACGUAUUCACUUUGGUUCCCAUGCAUAUGACACUUGGAGUCCACGUGUCAAGCUCUAGAACCCCUUCAGGUUUCGAUAGUUCUUCCUUCAAUAAGGAUGCCAUCCAUCAGUAACUUACUCUUGUCGUUUCUAGAAAAGCUUGAAGUAGUUAAUGGCUCCAAAACGUGGUGAGAAGUUGGUGGUGAGAUCCACCAAGAAAGUUGUGGAAUCAAGCGUGCAAGUAUCGGUUGUAAGCACCGGCAGCAGAAGACAAACACGGGGAAACAAAGAAACAGAAGAGGCAGAAGGUGGAAAAGAGCAUGUGAUGGUCAUUCCCGUUGAAGAAGUGAAUCCUGAAGCCCGGAAGGAUUCGUCUACCUCUGCCAUUACUGAGGGAAACAAAGGUGAGAAAAACAACACUGGGGAAGAUGGUGGAGUGCAGAUUGAAGAGAAAGAGAAUAAGGUAGAGAACGAGGGAGAGAAGGAUGAGAAGGAGAAGGAGAAGGCAAAGAUACCGUCUAAUGGAAAAGAGAGAAAAAAGGGGAAAAAGAAGGGAAGGAAAAGUGUAGAAGGGUAUCAGAGGUAUGUGUAUAGGGUGUUGAAGCAGGUGCACCCUGAGAUGGGAAUAUCUGCCAAAUGCAUGACUGUUCUGAACAAUUUGAUGAAUGACAUGUUUGAGAGAUUGGCUGGUGAAGCUGCUAAGCUGAAGGACUACACUGGACACAUGACAUUGUCUUCAAGGGAGAUUCAAGGAGCAGUGAAGCUGGUUUUACCAGGAGAGCUUGGGAAGCAUGCCAUUGCAGAAGGUGUCAAAGCUGUGAAUAAAUUCACCUCCUAUGAUACCGAUGAAUAGUCUAGACAGUAUAGUUAUAUGUUUAGUAUGUAAAAACAUGUACUUGAUUAGUUAUAAGGUGACUAGGUUAAGGUUUUUCUUGUUUUAGGUGACUAGGUAUUUAGCAUUGUGUUGUUAAGUAGGUGUUUUUGUAUUUUGCAAUUUGGAGAAUGGUGUAUGUUUGGUUGGUUGGUUGGUUCUUCUGAUAGGGUCAGAAAUGUAGAUCACUUACUGUUAUUAGUGUGCUUGUUUAUCUGUAAUGCAAUUAGUAGUUAUUGCCAGUUUCA